GCCAAGCCAGUGCUGCCUGCUGGUGCUCAAAUGGCUUCUCAUUUUGUUUGAAAAAGGCGCGCAACCAACUUCCCAUACUUCGCUCGGUUUAUUAGCAGCAUGCGCCGUCUCGGCAGCGUCGGAGAAACGGUAACUCCAUUCGACAGACACCUCCGCGACGUGUAUGAAGGUCGUGCGCCGGACGGUCUCGCAUUCUUCGAAGCGCACGGUUACUUUGAUGUGAGUGAUACAGCCAACACUGUGCAAAUGUUCCGCGAAAACGUCGGCCUGGACGAGUUCUGGGAGAACCGCGACGGUGUUGACACCUUUGACCCGUUCCAGCGUGCAACGGUGUACCCGUUCGGUUCGAAAAGCAAGGUACCAAGCAGCCGCAUGCGCAGUGAACUACAUCGGACCAACUCGGGACGCUUCACACUGUUGGAUGACGACGGGAACCCCGUGACAGAGGACGACUUGCUGGAAAUGGAACGUGAGGACCGUCUCAAAGUGAAAAGUUUAGAGCUAGACGAUGAGGACAUGGCCGAGCUGGAGAACGAAUUAUUAUGCAUGAAGGAGGCGAUUGAGGUGAUCCGCGUCGAGAAGUAUCACUUACAACGCGUUUUCUUUCGAGCACUCUACCCUGAAGAGGCUGAAAAAGAUUCGACUGACACAGAUGAUCGGUAUAGCUUUCCAGCGUUCGUAGAUCUCCCACUUCCGCCUCCAGUCGCUCUGCUGGAUCUGCCACCAUACAGUGGCAAUUUGUUCGUACUUCGAGAGUCUAUUGUACUGCUUCGACGCAGCUGGAGCAAGCGCUGGUGUACGUUGGACUUCCAAGCCUUUAUCGUCAGAAUGUACAAGCGCAGCUACUGGCGAAGUCCUCGCGGUGAGCUCGAUCUGCGCUCGGCUACAAAGAUUGAGAUAAUGGGGCACGGAGGCUUCCGCAUCGAGUUCCGGGGUGGCAAUAUGCUGCUCUUGCGCUCAAGGAAUGAGAAAGAGGCGGCGAGUUGGGUGUUGUCACUGCGCCUCGCCAUGCAGAUCAUGCGCAGCAACGCAACUCGCUGCCCAGAGAUCUCCCGACUCACGAAUGGCUAAGAGAGUCGAAGCUGCUAGGUAUCCGUUCUGUAAGAUUUUAGUGCAGUUGACCACUGUUAGCUCCAUUGUCCAUUAUUCACCGGCAGCAACAAUCCUCCCCCAGUCACGCCGCGCUCUCGACGCUGGAAUCGAGGGCGUGGCAGUCGCUACAUAUUAUUAAUAGCGAUUUCCACAUGUGCUUUCACUCGUCGACCCAUGUGGCCUUCCAGACGACUCCAUAGAGUCUUUCCGUCCACAAAUCGAGGGGGCGGAAGACGCCAUGUUUCCAGCCAGCUUC